AUGAACAAGAGUGGACCAGCCAAUGAGAGCGGUGCGGGGGUGCCACUCUCCUCGUGGGUGGAGUCCGACACCUUUGAGGGCAACGAGAGCCUUACGCUCUCCUCAACAGCCCUGGAGUUCCACAUGAACCCGUGGGACAUCAUGUUGUGCCUCUCCGGUACCGUUAUCGCCUGUGAGAAUGCCAUCGUGGUGGCCAUCAUCUUCUACACGCCGACCUUGAGGAAUCCCAUGUUCAUUUUGAUCGGCAGCCUCGCAACUGCCGACCUUCUCGCUGGAAUGGGAUUAAUUCUGAACUUCGUGUUCCAGUAUUUGAUCUCCUCUGAGACCAUCAGCCUUAUCACGGUCGGCUUCCUGGUGGCCUCCUUCACUGCCUCCAUCAGCAGCCUACUCGCCAUCACUGUUGACCGCUACCUGUCCCUCUACAAUGCCUUGACGUACUUCUCUGAAAAGACGCUGCAUUAUGUGCACAUGAUGUUGGUGGGCACGUGGGGCGCGUCACUAUGCUUGGGGUUGCUGCCCGUGUUGGGAUGGAACUGCUUGGACGACGCAACCACCUGCAGCAUCGUUAGGCCCCUAAAGCGCACCAACUUAACCAUCCUCGCCACUUCUUUCUUCUUCAUUUUCGCUUUAAUGCUCAGUCUUUACUUCAAGAUCUGUAAAAUAGUGUGCCAUCACGCACAUCAGAUCGCUCUCCAGCAACAUUUUUUCACCACAUCACACUACGUUGCCACUAAGAAGGGCAUCUCCACGCUCGCAAUCAUCUUGGGUACCUUUGGGGCAAGUUGGUUUCCCUUUGCCAUAUACUGUUUGGUCGGGGAGCGCGAGUAUCCUCCGGUAUACACGUACGCAACGCUGCUCCCUGCCACCUACAACUCCAUGAUCAAUCCUAUUAUUUAUGCCUACCGGAACACAGAGAUCCAACGCUCCAUCUACAUACUCUUCUGCGGCUGUUUUAAGACCAGCGGCUCGUAUCGCUCCAGAUCACCCAGUGAGGUGUAG